UACCUACCCAGGCGCGUAUACUAGACGUUUGUCACUUGUUUUCACAUCAAAUACUUCCAUUCGUUCAAUUUUUAACAAUAUUCUAUAUUAUUUUACUGCGAUAACACGACACUAUCGCAUAAAAAUGUCCGGGGUGAAGCUACAGGACGAUAUUAAUAACAUUCCGUUAGCGGACGAUGAUCCACAAGUUAUAAUCGCCGAUGAACCCGAGCCUACAUCUGUAUCAGAUGCGAACUUUUCGAGUAUGAUGCAUGGCCAGAGCAUGGAUUCCAUCCAGUCCACCUUCACCAAUGGCAGCUCCAGUCCACAACAUCAUAGUCUUGAACAAGACUCCAGUCCUGAUGAACAGGAAGAAAAAGCAAGACUAAUAUCACAAGUCCUAGAGCUGCAGAACACUCUGGACGAUCUAUCGCAACGUGUUGACAGCGUAAAAGAGGAAAACUUGAAGCUCAAGUCCGAGAAUCAAGUACUUGGUCAGUAUAUAGAGAAUCUCAUGUCCGCAUCGAGCGUGUUUUCGUCUACGUCGCCGAAAAUCAAGAAGAAAUAGAUUAAUUUAGCAUAUUAAUAUUGCGAACAGAUGCCAUACAUAAUAUUAAUUUGAGAUUCUAGUCUCCUGUUGAUAAAAAAUAUAAUAUAACUGUUUGGAUUUAUCAUAAAUAGGACAAACAGUUAUAUUAUACUUUUCCUGCUAGUCUGCGGCUCCUGCCUGAGUUUUUUGUUUGUCAGCUCCAUGAUGGUUGAUUCUGCUUCAGCUUGCUUUGCAAACGCGAACGCCUGCACGUUUUUGGAGUGAGAUACAUGGGCAGACAGAUUGCAUUUCAAUGAUUUCCUACUCAAACUCAAAGCUCGAUCUGAUAAUAUAUUUAAUGUUUUAUAAAAUAUACAAUAUAUAUCUUCUAUGAUGUAGUCAUAGUCAUAACUCAAUGUGAGUCAGCUUGCAGUUGUUUAUCUCUCACUUUAAAAUGUUAAUAAUAAAAUAAUUAGUGAUUUUUUUCAAAUAUGGCUCGUUAGGUAUCAACAAAACAAAAAACACUGCAAGUUAUUGUCAUAUUGACAAAAUUGAUAAACGCAAAACAUAAAAUCUA